AUGAGGAUCAUAUGCAGGCAAUGGCUGGGACUAAACAAAGGAGCUUUGGGCGGGAGAGCUAAUUUCUCCAAGUUUGCGGCCAUGGAGGUAUCGCCACAGGCACUAUCGACUAUUGACCAAAGCGCGGAUGUAAGAGAGGGUGCAAGUUUGAGUGUUUCAAAAGCGUUGUCAUCGAAAAAUAGAAGAGAGGUGAGAUAUUCUAAAGGGACCAAAACAUUUCCCACGAAAAUUGAAAAUCCGGAAGCUCGCAAGAGAAAAGCAAAACCUCCAAAAGCUAGGGGAAAACUUGACAUGAGGUAUAAUAAAUCCAGAUGUCAAACCGAGAACAAGUCAUCAAUGAUGUUUGGCUCUGAAGCAGAGAGGGAUGCUCAUAUGUCGAGACAUUGUAGCAACAGAACUUGCGCUUUUUAG